UUAUUUUGAAGGAAGUGUUUCGCCACCGGAACCGAUGUCACGGGUUCCGUCGUGGUCUUCACACAUGAAGGAGUUGCUAGCGUAAUGUUGACCGUAGACUGUUAAUAUUAAUAUACAGUCUAUGGUAUUGACCAAUUUCUUCGUUAUUAUUUUUUUCUUAUAUUGGCCAGGAUGCAGAUAUGCAGUGUGUGCAGCGAACAAACACCGAAAUACAGAUGCCCAGCCUGCAAAAUAAGAUAUUGUUCACUUGGCUGUUACAAGAGGCAUAAAGACAGUUGCCUUCCUGUCGGGCAGCCUGAACCCACUGGGCCUAAAGUGAAGGAUUCUUUCAACACCGAGACGUGGACUGUCGAGGAUCUUCUGCAGGAAGAGGAGGACAUUGUUGACAAAGUGCCCCUGCAGAGGCUCCAGCUGUUAGGUCAGUCAAAAGAGCUCCGGGACCUUCUGUGCAACCCCCACCUGAGACAGUUACUGCGCUCCAUCGACAGCGCAGACAGCAAAGCCGAUGCGAUGAAGGCCGCCAUGCAGGAGCCUCUGUUUGUCGAGUUUUCAGAUCAGUGUUUGAAACUUGUCGAUAAUUAAGCAAAAUCGUUUACAGCCAGUAAAGCUGAUGAUUUGUAAAAUAGUGCCUGCAUUGGUUAUUCUCAGAUUACUUUAUUAUAUUUUUGUAUAAAGUCUUGGAAUAAGCAGGUUGUGUAGUUACUGUAGUUUUUUGAUCUAACUUCUUGUCCAAAGCCGUGACUUUCAGCAGUAUCAUGUUCAAAUAAACGCUGAAAUGUUCAAAAACCAUAAAUUGCUGAGUCAAUAGUAAAGGCAUUACAGUCUAGUUAAAAAAGUCAACUGUAGCACGCAUGCAUCAACCAUUCUAUAACCAUAAUGUUUAUUUCAACAAAACAGUCAUUUAAAUAACAUAAUACAAGUUGUACCUUGAUCCUUUGGUACCGCUAAAUUACAGAUUUCAAAUUACAAACGGUCAUAAUGAGUGACAUUACAGUGAAUCCAUAGCUGGAAAAGGUUAAAAGAAGAAAUUAUUUAACAGGCAAAAAUCAACAGAGGUUACGUGUUGGAUCAAAAGCUAGGAUGACAAACGUCAGUCUUAAGUUACAUUAGUACUUUUUUUAACAAUACAGCAAAAAGAUGAUUUG